AUGCCACAAAAAAUAUUCAGCGGCAACGCAACCAAUUUUGUUGGCGCCGACCGCAAGCUGCGAGAGCUGAAGGAGGUCUUUCUAGCGCAAGCUCCAGAGCUAAUGGGAUUCGCAGCCGAAGAAGGAUUCAGCAUGGGCUUUAUACCACCAAGGGCGCCGAACUUCGGAGGAUUAUGGGAGGCGGCGGUGAAGUCCGCCAAGCAUCUGGUCGUUCGCGCACUCAGCAAUGCUCUACUAACGACGGAAAAGCUCUCAACGCUAUUGGCCGAAGUGGAGGCCAUCCUCAACUCUCGCCCCCUAGUACCUCUGAGCCAAGACCCCAACGACGGCGAGGCGUUAACACCAGCGCAUCUAUUAAUAGGAUGCUCCCUGCGGGCAUUACCCCCAGAGAAGGUGCCAAUGGACCCAGUUCGUUGUUGCGAGAGAUGGCAACUUGUUUGCUGUCUCAAGCAACAGUUCAAGUAUUCCUGA